AACAAAGCCUUAGGAUCAUCACGUUCUAAAAGAAAACCUACAGUUGUAACAAAAUAUGUCGGAUCAGAUGAUGAACAAAUCUUAGAUGAAACUGUAAAUGAAGAUAUUUCAAACGAAAACUCAGAAAAUGAUGUUGAUAUGAAAAGCUUGCCUAAAGGUACAGUGGUUGUACAGCCUGAGCCAGUCCUGAAUGAAGACAAAGAUGAUUUUAAAGGGCCUGAAUUUAGAAGCAGAAAUACCGUUAAAAUGAAACCUGAAGCUCCUAAAAAGCGUGGAGAGGAAGGACUGCAUGGAAUUGUAAGCUGUACAGCUUGUGGGCAACAGGUGAACCAUUUUCAAAAGGAUUCAAUCUAUAGACAUCCUACACUGAAAGUUCUUAUUUGUAAGACUUGCUACAAAUAUUACAUGAGUGAUGACAUUAGUCGUGAUUCAGAUGGAAUGGAUGAACAGUGUAGAUGGUGUGCUGAAGGUGGAAAUUUAAUUUGCUGUGACUUCUGCCAUAACGCCUUCUGUAAAAAGUGCAUUUUACGCAACCUGGGUCGAAAAGAGCUGUCAACCAUACUGGAUGAAAAUAGCCAGUGGCACUGCUAUAUUUGCCAUCCAGAACCUUUGUUGGACUUGGUCACUGCAUGUGACAGCGUCUUUGAAAAUUUAGAACAGUUGCUGCAACAAAACAAAAAAAAGAUCAGAGUUGAAAAUGAAAAAAGUAAAAUAUAUGACCAUACACUCAAAUUCUCUCCAAAGAGAAAUAGUUCAAACUGUAAUGGUGAAGAAAAAAAAAUAGAUGAAUCAUAUUCUGGUUCAUUAACAUACUCUUAUAAAGCACUAAUGGUGCCAAAAGACAUGCUUAAAAAAACAAAAAAGUUGGUUGAGACCACAGCAAAUAUGAAUGCUAGUUUUGUAAGCUUUUUGAAAAAGGCUGCAGAAAAUGUAGACGUAAGCCCAACCGUGCAGCUUCGUCAGCUGAAAGCUUUUAAAUCUGUGUUGGGUGACAUCAAAAAAGCUCACCUGGCACUAGAAGAAGGUCUGAACCUGGAGAUUCAAGCUUUGGAUGUUAAAAUCAAAGAGAAAAGUACCAAAGAGAAAAAAAAUGAACUCAAAUCUGAAAAAAAUGAGAUGAAAAAAGAUGAAGGAAAGGAACACGCCGAGUUAAAAGAGGAGGGCAUUGUAAAGGCAGAUAAAAAAGUUGUGUCAGAACAGCCUGACAAUGAGCCCAUGGAUCAAAGUAUUCCAACAAGGGAGCGAACAGAUAACAAGCGUGCUACUGGUGAAGAUAAAAAGUCAGGCACGAAUGAGGAACCUCAGUAUGAACCAAGUACAGAGGCUUUAGACAUGGACAUAGUAUCUGUUCCCUCAUCAGUUCCUGAAGAUAUUUUUGAGACUCUAGAAUCUGCUAUGGAAAUUCAGACUGCAUCAGAUGAGCAAGGCAGUGGAAAUACAGAGACAGAUCAGGAGGCUGUAAAUUCAAAUGUAAAAUUGAACGCUGCUUUGAAAGAUACCAAAGGUGGAGCUAAGUUAAAAGCAUCAGCUAAAGGAACAAAGGAAUUGAUUGUAAAAUUGACUCCCGUUUCUCUUACGGAGCCUACAGUUAAAGCUGAAGAUCAAGUCAGCCAUCCAGAAAAAGCAGAUAAGGAUACUCGUGUAACACGUAGAGCUGAAAACUGUGAUCCUGGAAAACAAAAUCACGAUGCUGCUGCCAAUGAAAGUUCCACAGAAAAGGAAACCACCUCAGCUGCCGAGGAAUCUGAUCUCAGGAGAUCCCCACGCGUAAAGACCACCCCUCUGAGGCGCCAGACAGACGUCAAUCCCUUAACGUCCAAUUCGGAAGAAGACAGCAAUGAUGCGUGUAAUGAAAAACGUAAGAGGAAAUCAUCAAAACAACCGAGGGGGAAAAAAGAUGAGAGAAAUUCUUCCGACAGUACUACUGAUAGUCCUAGUUCUAAUAAACUUUCUAAAUCAAAAGAGCCGAAUGUAUUAGAUGAAAGCUCUGAUUCCGAUGAGGUGCCAGCUGUUCUUAAAGAGGUAGCUAUGUUAAGUCACAGUUCUUCAGAUAUUGAUAGCAAUAGUGAAGCACAAACGAAUGUUCCUAAGACUCUAAAUCCAGUAAAGGAUGAAAAUGGGAAACGAAAAAGAAAAAGUUCCACUUCUGGUUCAGACUUAGAUGCUGAAAGAGGCAAAUCAACUAAAAGCCCUGCUUCUGCAAAAAAGAAACGACAAAAUUAUUCAGAUUCUUCAAAUUACGAUUCUGAGUUAGAAAAAGAAAUUAAGAGUUUGAGUAAUAUUGAGUCUGUGAAAAAAGCCAAGAAAAAAUACUCAAGAAAAGAUGAUAGUUAUGAUUCCUCUGAAGAAGAACAGAGAAAAAGAGUAAUUAGUAAGAGAAAGAUUAACUUGAAGAAAGAAAGAGGUAAAUCUUCUGAAGAUGACGAUGCUGAGAAGUCGUCUAUGGAGAAGGAGGAGACUAGUCAUUCUUCUGAAGAUAAAAAGUAUAGUAAGAGGUCAUCUGUUAAGGAAAGGAUAAGCAAAGACUUACAAGAAAAAAAUGUAAGGGGAAAGCUGGAUGAGUCUUCUGAUGCUGAGAAGCCUUUACUGGAGGAAGAGGAGAGCCAUCCUUCUAAAGGUAUGAAAAUGACAGAAGCUAAGAAAAACAAGGAUUUGAAAAAGAAAAAGGCACAGGAAGAUGAUACUUCAGAGAGUACAGAGAAAUCUGUAAAGAAAGAACACAGUUUGGAUUCUUCCAAAGAAAAAUUGAAGAAUAAAAAAGCUGAAAGCAAAGAAAAGUCUGAAAACUUAAAAAGUUACAAGAAAGAUGAUGGUGAUGCUGAUUCUUCUGAUGUUGAAAAGUCGUCCCCAGAGAAAGGAAGUUGCAAUUCUUCUGAAAAUGAUAAAACUAAAAAUGAAAGUGUGGUUAAAGAAAAGAAAAGGAGGAGUUUGAGAGAGAGAAUAUCUAAGAGAGUCCAUAUUGAUUUAUCCUCUGAUGCUGAGAAAUCUCCUCUGAAAGAAGAGACUUCUUCUGAAGAUGCUGUGCAGAAUAAAAAACGGACUGAAACUAAAGAAAAGAAAAGAUUAAGUCACAAAAAGAAAAUGUCUAAGAAAAAACAAAAUGACUCAUUGUCUUCUUCUGAUGAGGAGUCUUAUGAAGACAAUAAAAAAAAGAUUAAAAGAGGGGCAGCAAAAGAAAGUAAAAGGGAUAACUUAAAGGAGAAAAAGAAAGUAUCAAAAAAGCAGAAGGUUGUCACUUCUUCUUCUUCCUCAUCUGAUAAGGAAGAAAAUGAUGAUCAGAAUUCAAUGGAUGAUGGAAGCAGUGAUGAGCAGAAAAUUAUGCCGGUGACUGAGAGCUUAGUGCUGUCUGCUGGUGCAGGAUUUUCUCAGUCAUCAGAAGAUGAAGGAGAGACUAAGUCAAGGGCUGUUCCAAGGGAGGAGGAGGAAGAUGAUGAUGAUGACGAUCCCGAGAAUAGAAUUGCCAAGAAAAUGCUUUUAGAAGAAAUCAAAGCCAAUCUUUCCUCUGAUGAGGAUCCAUCUUCAGAUGAAGAGUCGGAUGAAGGAAAAAAGAAACCUGGAAAGCCAAAUGAACACCCAGCAGAUGAUGAAGAUAAUGAAAAAGAAGAAAAUUCCGAGUCAGAUUCUGAGGAAGAAGAGUCCAAGAAGCCCCUCUACAGGCACAGGCUGCUGCGCCACAAGCUCACCAUGAGUGACGGAGAGUCUGGCGAGGAGAAGAAGGCGAAACCCAAAGAGAAAGGAAGCCCAAAGGAAGGGAAGCGCAGAAAUAGAAGGAAAGUGAGCAGUGAUGAUUCAAAUGACUCAGAGUUUCAUGAAUCUGCAGUUAGCGAAGAAGUUAGUGAAUCUGAAGAUGACCAACGUCCAAGAACAAGAUCUGCCAAGAAAGCUGAGGCAGAAGAAAAUCAGCGCAGCUACAAGCAGAAAAAGAAACGAAGGCGUAUAAAGGUUCAAGAGGAUUCUUCAAGUGAAAAUAACAACAAGAGUAAUUCUGAGGAUGAGGAAAAUGAUGACUCAAAAUCGCCUGGAAAAGGCAGGAAGAAAAUAAGGAAAAUUAUUAAAGAUGAUAAGCUCAGAACAGAAACACAAAAUGCACUUAAAGAAGAAGAAGAAAGAAGAAAACGCAUUGCAGAAAGAGAACGAGAAAGAGAGAAAUUGAGAGAGGUGAUAGAGAUAGAAGAUGCUUCACCUCUGAAAUGUCCAAUUACAACUAAGCUGGUUUUAGAUGAAGAUGAAGAAACCAAAGAACCAUUAGUGCAGGUUCACAGGAGUAUAGUUACCAAACUGAAACCACAUCAAGUAGAUGGUGUUCAGUUCAUGUGGGAUUGCUGUUGUGAAUCUGUAAAAAAAACCAAGACAUCUCCAGGUUCUGGGUGCAUUCUUGCUCACUGUAUGGGUCUGGGAAAGACAUUACAGGUAGUAAGUUUUCUUCAUACAGUCUUACUCUGCGACAAGCUGGAUUUCCGGACAGCUCUGGUAGUAUGUCCACUGAAUACUGCCUUGAACUGGUUGAAUGAAUUUGAAAAAUGGCAAGAAGGUUUAGAAGAUGAUGAGAAACUAGAGGUCUGUGAAUUAGCAACUGUGAAACGCCCUCAAGAGAGAAGCUAUAUGCUCCAGCGUUGGCAAGAUGAAGGAGGUGUGAUGAUAAUAGGCUACGAGAUGUAUCGCAAUCUUGCACAAGGCAGAAAUGUGAAGAGUAGAAAACUUAAAGAAAUAUUUAAUAAAGCUUUAGUUGAUCCAGGCCCUGACUUUGUUGUUUGUGACGAAGGGCACAUACUAAAAAAUGAAGCAUCUGCAGUUUCUAAGGCAAUGAAUUCUAUUCGAUCUAGGAGACGAAUAAUUCUUACAGGAACACCACUGCAAAAUAAUCUUAUAGAAUAUCACUGCAUGGUUAACUUCAUUAAGGAGAAUUUGCUUGGCUCAAUUAAAGAAUUCCGGAAUCGAUUUAUAAACCCAAUUCAGAAUGGUCAGUGUGCAGAUUCUACUCUGGUAGACGUCAGAGUAAUGAAGAAGCGUGCACAUAUUCUGUAUGAGAUGUUAGCUGGAUGUGUUCAGAGGAAAGAUUACACAGCGCUAACAAAGUUCCUACCACCAAAAUAUGAGUACGUGCUAGAAGUUAGAAUGACACCUAUUCAGUGCAAGCUGUACCAAUACUAUCUGGAUCACUUGACAGGUGUAGGUGGUGGCAAUGAAGGUGGAAGAGGCAAAGCUGGAGCUAAGCUAUUCCAGGAUUUCCAGAUGUUGAGCAGAAUCUGGACUCACCCUUGGUGUUUGCAGCUGGAUUACAUUAGCAAAGAAAAUAAGGGCUAUUUUGAUGAAGACAGUCUGGAUGAGUUCAUAGCUUCAGAUUCCGAUGAAACUUCAAUGAGCUUAAGCUCUGAUGAUUAUGCAAAGAAAAAAAAAUCCAAGGGGAAGAAAGUGAAGAAGGAGUGUAGCUCAGGUGGAAGUGGCAGUGAUAAUGAUGUCGAAGUCAUUAAAGUCUGGAAUUCAAGAUCUCGUGGAGGUGGGGAAGGAAAUGCAGAGGAACUUGUGAACAACCCUCCGUCUGUUGCAAAGUCAGAUGAAGGUAAAGCCACAUCCUCUUCCAAUCCUGGUAGCCCGGCUCCGGAUUGGUACAAGGAUUUUGUCACGGACGCAGAUGCUGAAGUGUUGGAGCAUUCUGGGAAAAUGGUGCUUCUCUUUGAAAUUCUUCGGAUGGCAGAGGAGCUUGGAGACAAAGUCCUCGUAUUUAGCCAGUCUCUAAUAUCACUGGAUUUGAUAGAAGAUUUCCUGGAGCUGGCCAACAGGGAUAAAACUGACAAAGAAAAAACUUGUGUUUAUAAAGGGGAAGGGAAAUGGUUCAGAAACAUUGAUUACUAUCGCUUAGAUGGUUCUACUACAGCUCAGUCAAGAAAGAAAUGGGCGGAAGAAUUCAAUGAUGAAACUAACGUGAGGGGCCGCUUGUUUAUUAUCUCCACUAAAGCAGGUUCCCUUGGAAUUAAUCUCGUGGCUGCUAAUAGAGUAAUCAUCUUUGAUGCCUCUUGGAACCCAUCAUAUGACAUCCAGAGUAUUUUCAGGGUUUAUCGCUUUGGGCAAAACAAACCUGUGUUUGUAUACAGGUUUUUGGCUCAGGGAACAAUGGAAGAUAAGAUCUAUGACCGGCAGGUGACCAAGCAGUCCUUGUCUUUCCGAGUUGUUGACCAACAGCAGGUUGAGCGUCAUUUCACUAUGAAUGAGCUUACAGAGCUGUACACCUUUGAGCCAGAUUUGCUGGAUGAUCCUAAUUCAGAAAAGAAGAAGAAGAGAGAUACACCCAUGUUGCCAAAAGAUACAAUUCUGGCAGAAUUGCUUCAAAUCAAUAAAGAAUAUAUAGUUGGAUAUCACGAGCAUGAUUCACUCCUGGACCAUAAGGAGGAGGAGGAAUUGACUGAAGAAGAAAGGAAGGCAGCGUGGGCAGAGUAUGAAGCAGAAAAGAAGGGCCUGACUAUGCGUUUCAACAUGCCAACUGGGACCACUAUGCUUCCUACAAAUUUCAACUCCCAAACACCAUAUAUUCCUUUCAACUUGGGAGCUCUGUCAGCAAUGAGUAAUCAGCAGCUGGAGGACCUCAUUAAUCAAGGAAGAGAGAAAGUUGUGGAAGCAACCAACAAUGUAACUGCAGCAAGAAUUCAGCCCCUUGAAGACAUCAUUUCAACUAUAUGGAAAGAAAACGUGACACUUACAGAGAGCCAAGUGCAGGCCCUGGCCCUAAGCAGACAGGCAAGCCAGGAGCUUGAAGUUAAGCGCCGAGAAGCCAUCUAUAACGAUGUCCUUACUAAGCAACAGAUGUUAAUCAGUUGUGUUCAGAGGAUACUCAUGAACAGAAGACUCCAGCAGCAGUACAAUCAGCAGCAACAGCAGCAAAUGUCUUACCAGCAAGCAGCAAUGAGUCAUCUCAUGAUGCCAAAGCCUCCCAAUUUAAUCAUGAAUCCUUCCAACUACCAACAGAUAGAUAUGAGAGGAAUGUAUCAGGCAGUUUCUGGUGGCAUGCAGCCACCACCAUUACAACGAGCACCACCCCCAAUGAGAGGCAAAAAUCCAGGGCCUUCCCAAGGGAAAUCAAUGUGAUUUUGCACUAAAGCUUACAGGAUUGUUAAAAUCAGAGAAAGAAGUUUUAUUUUUUUAGGAAUCAAUGGCUUAACAGAACUCAACUGUAAAAAAAAGAAAAAGAAAAAAAGAAAAAAGAAAAAAAAA